AUGAACGGAACACAACUCUGGAGCUCGCCGUUACGUCGGGCACCUGCUUGCGCUUGGAGGAGCUCAACUCCCGCAGCGAGACGUUUCACCGCGGGGUGCCAAUGGAGGCAGGGUGCAGACUCCUCUUCGGGCAAAUGCGAAAAUGAGAAGGGUCAAGGUGAUGGCAACCAAGAGGAGGAGAAAGAACAAAGUGCUAUGUCUCGUCGGCUGUCCCAGAUGACCGAAGAUGCAAUGUUAGAGGGCGGCCGGUCCGCGCGCCGCAAUAUAGAGAACGCAGGAUUCUCAGAGGAUCUGAAGAAACAGCUGGAGGAAAGAGUGCUGGCUUCGUCUUUCAAGAGCGAGCAUGCUGCUGCCCAUUCUAUCCUGGAUAUGCCGGCGAGUGCAGGCCAAGGAACCCGAGAGACAGCUGCGGCUCAAGCAUGGACAGGAACCGAAACCCUUCAUGACUCCGCCCUACGCAUGCUUGACGAUGCUAGCAAACCAAUUCGGACACCAUACAAGAUCCCCCAACCCGUCGAUCUGAAACCCGCUCCCAAACCGAAGCAUACCCCCGGCGAACGGCUUGCUCAAGCAAAAGAUCGUACAUCUACCUACGCACUAAGCCAGGCACCUGGAUUCUCGGACGAACAGCGCGAGGAAAUGCGUCGAGAGAUGAGGGAGAAGUUGACACCCGGUGCGCACUCCAUGCCUAUCUCCAUCCAGGGCCUAUCCUCACUUGCGAAUGAACGAAUCGAAGAUGCAAUUGCACGUGGUCAAUUCCAGAAAAUUAAGCGCGGGAAGGGGGUGAAUACAGAGACGGAUCAUAAUGCCAACUCGGCUUUCAUCGAUACCACGGAGUACUUCAUGAACAAGAUUAUCCAAAAGCAGGAGAUUGUUCCUCCUUGGAUUGAAAAGCAACAGGAACUUGCGAUGGAACUCAGUCGGUUCCGACAACGUCUUCGUGCUGAUUGGAGGCGGCAUGCCGCAAGGUUGAUCGCAAGCGAGGGCGGGUCCUUGGAGGCGCAGAUGAAUCGUGCGAGAGGACAUGCAGCAGCAGAAGUUCGUUUAAAGGAGCAGGCGAAGCUGGAGGCAUCGCUGAGGAAUAACAGUGAGGAGGAUGUGGUCUCAGAGAUCGAUUCCGAUGGUCGUAUUGUGUCAAAGACCGAAUCACCUGAAAUCGCUGCCGAAUCUGACUCCGCCGGCGAUAAUACGACAAAGAGUAUCCCCCAUCUUCCGCCUUUGCGAGAUCCGACAUAUUUUAAUAAUGAACGCUCUUAUCACGAACUUGCCGUGAAACAAAUAAACGCCAUCACCCGCUCCUAUAAUCUCCAAGCGCCGCGGUCGGCUCAAAAAGGAUACAUCAAUUUAAAUCGCGAGUUAAUUGCCUGCUUCAAUGAAGUUGCACCGCAACUAGCCGAAGAGAUCCGUCGUCGGGCUACAGAGCGAGCACGCAGUCCUAUAACCAUGGGUGGAUCCUCUUCGAGUAUGGUUGGAUCACUUGGAACUGGACAAACAGCUCAGAUUUAUGAGGAAGAUGGAGGAAAGGCGUAUGGAAUGAAGGAAAUGUGGCGAGAUUUAUUCUCGAAGGAGAAAAAAUAG